UCCCCGCCGUACGCUGUCUGUCAACUUUCAUUUUCAGACGCAACGGCAACCACCACGAACACAAAACGACAUCAAGAACAAAAUCGAGCGGCCUGGGGUUGUUGCACAAAUUUCUCCUGAUCAAAAAUCAUGACAGGCCGCGAGGCGAUACAGGUAGCGAAAACUGUCAUGGAGGUGGCUGACGUGGCAUGGAAAGCCGUCGAAUGUUGCCACCAACAUCACCACCAUGAGGAGACCGAAACAAAGGCUGUAUCUAGAGAAGAAUUGGAGGCUCUGAAAUCGGAAAACGACCGGUUAAGGAACUUGCUGGAGCAGAACCUUAAGCUACUUGAAAAUUUGUCUGAAUCACCGGCUUUGUUGAACGACUGUCCUCCUGAUUUGUAUGCACGGCUAGUGGCUACCGUUGAUUCUGGGGAAUUCUUGUCUAGGCUAAGAAAAUUUCGUCAGGAAUCGAUUAAUGGAACUGGGAUUGAGUUUCCUUUUAAGGAGGCCACAGGUGAUGACAUGCUUUCAGCCGGACUUUUGAUUAAUGUUGAUCAAGAAAAUCCGAGUUGGUGGGUUUGGGUGACGGAUGAAAUGGUACCAAGUAAUGUGGAGGAAUGGAGUGGAAUUGAUGAUGAGAGUUAUGUAAUUGUUAGUGAGGAGCAUGUGGUUGAUGGGGUUGCUAACUUCAUGGCUAAAUGCAUUUUUGCCAACCCAAAAGCUCAGAAUGUGACACCAGAGGAGCUUCAGAAAAUUCUAGCUAAAGCAUUGGGUGGUGGGGGCAAAUUGAGCAAAUUGGAGAAGAUUUUUGGUAUCUGGCAUGCAGGAAAGAUGUUGUUUGCUCUUUCCACCUGGGGACUUGCAUUGGCAGGGUUGUAUAGUAGUCGUCCAGUACUGAAACUUGCUGCAAUGGGUGUUCACACGACCAGCAAAGUAGUUAUGAAGGCACUCUGAAGAUGGCAUUUCCAUUGAAAUGAAAUCAUGAAAGAACUAUAUCGAUGAUUGGGACUGGAUUAUCAAUUUAUGUGGGUAGCAACUAACUUGAAAAUUCUCCUUUUCAUGUCAAGUGUGCAUUAUUGUAAUUUGUAAAUGCUGUAAAUAUGUUGGCUUUGUACCAUUCUUUUGUUAUUGCCAAAUUCUUGUCACUCAUAAAAUGGUAAAACCCUUUCUCCUGGAAUACCAUAUCAAUUAAAUUCCUUUCCCGGGUUUUAAUGGGCGAGUGGACUUGAGGGCAUUGUUAUAAUAGCCACAUCAGACCUUACUUCAUUGGCAUGUUGGAUUGGUGAAGCCAGUUCUCAUCAAGUUCCGCCAGAGCGCUUUCUCUCUAGCACUGGCCCCUCUUCACAAUCUUCUCUGAUCAAACUUACCAGGCCACCAUAGCCCUUUUUCUCUCUCUCUCUCUCUCUCUUACCUCUUUGUGUUGUUUAUGUUGCCAUCGCCAUUCUGAGCACAGGUCGGCUAAGGUGAAGAGAUGUGUUCUAAGGUGGACUUGAUGGUUAAAUGGAUUGAGGUUUGUGUCUCCACUUCUAAAUUCGGCCUUUUUUGGUAGCUCAAGGGGCUUAGACAAGAGGAUCCUUUUUCUCCUUAUUUAUUUGUGAUUGUUAUAGAACUUCUUUCGUGCCUGUUGGAUAAUGUUGCUAAGAACCUUUCGAUCAAAAUAUAACCCACUUAUAUUUUGUUGA